ACUUAGUUUAUAAUAUCCCAUCCUCCCUUCAGUGUUAUAAGGUAUGCAUCAGAUUGAGUGCGAGUUUAUAAAGUUCUCGUGUUGAAAAAGUGCGAAAAAACCGUAUUAGUGCACGGAAUUACAAUAAGCUAUUCGAUCUGAACAUGCUACUUCUACUAGUAGCCUUAAUCGGCUCGGCUGUAGCCAGCCCAAUAUCUCAAGAGGAAUUCCGCACUUUGACCAAUGAGCAGCUGGCAGCACAAUACAAUCUACCUAGAGAAACAAUACCUACCUUCUAUGACGUCACUCUCUUCUUGAACCCAAGCUACCCGGAUAACUUCAAUGGCAGCGUUUCUAUCAGAAUCGUUCCUAACAUAACGACCAACGUCAUCAUCCUUCACGCCAUGGAGAUGGAAAUUUUAAAUAUUGAAGUCUUCAACGUUUUAAACACGACUGCAGAUAUAUUCCAAACACAUUUUCUUGCCACGGAUGACACUCAUUUCCUGAGAAUUUUCACAAAUGAGCUAAUGCUUCCUAAUCAACUUUAUAUAGUCAAUAUUGAGUAUAGAGGACAAUACGCUUCAAAUAUGUUUGGUAUUUACGUGUCGACGUAUGAGCAGGCGGGCUUGGGCACAGUGAACUUGGUCACCUCUCAGCUGCAACCCACAUUCGCUCGUCGGGCGUUCCCCUGUUACGAUGAGCCUGCCCUCAAAGCUAUUUUCCGAACUACCAUCUACGCUCCUCCUGGCUACCCGACCGUCAGAAGCAACAUGCCUUUGAGAAAUGAUACCAAUAAGCCUGAAAUCGCUGGAUGGGUAAAACAUGAGUUCCAAGACACUCUCGACAUGUCAACUUAUCUCCUGGCCUACCUCGUCUCUAGCUUCGAGUACAUCAGUAACGAAGAUGACCCCAUCUACGAAGUUCCCUUCAGAGUCUACUCCAGGCCUGGCACCCAAAACAAUUCUGAAUUCGCUUUGGACUUUGGACAGAAGAACAUGAUCGCUUUGGAGAAUUACAUUGAACUGCCCUAUGCGUUCCCUAAGCUGGACAAAGCUGCAGUUCCUGAUUUUGCUGCCGGUGCUAUGGAGAACUGGGGACUGGUGAUUUACAGAGAAGUUGCCCUCCUUGUCACUGAAGGUGUCACGACCACCCAAACCCUUCAGAACAUUGGUCGCAUCAUCUGCCACGAGAACAUGCACAUGUGGUUCGGAAACGAGGUCGGGCCUUACUCUUGGACCUAUACCUGGCUCAACGAAGGUUUCGCUAACUUCUUCGAGAACUUCGCUACCGAUCUGGUAAACCCCCACUGGCGCAUGAUGGACCAGUACGUGAUUGCCGUACAAAACGUAUUCCAGUCUGAUGCCGUACUCAGUGUGAACCCCAUGACAUACCCUGUCUUCACGCCUUCCCAGAUCAUCAGCACUUUCAAUGCUGUGGCUUACCAGAAAUCUGGUUCGGUUAUUCGAAUGAUGCAACACUAUCUCACCCCAGAAAUCUUCAGGCAAGGUCUCGUGCAGUACGUUAGCAAUAUGUCUCGCAAAGCAGCUCAGCCCUCCGACCUCUUCGCUAACCUCCAGGAAGUGUUAGACGCCUCCAACCACAGCAUUCCGUGGCCGAUAGCCACCAUCAUGGACCGCUGGACCAACCAGGGAGGAUUCCCGGUGCUCACUGUAAUCAGGUCCGCACCUACUGCCAACUCUUUGACCAUCGCUCAGGAACGUUUCCUCACCGACCGCAGUCUGACCUCCACUGACCGUUGGCACGUACCAGUCAACUGGGUGCUGUCAACCGACCCCAACUUCAACGACACCAGCCCACAAGGAUGGAUUCCACCUUCCUUCCCUGCCGUGGCCAUAGACAUCCCCGGUUUAAACCAAGCAGAGUGGUACAUCGUGAACAAACAGCAGACUGGCUACUACAGAGUGAACUACGACGUCCAAAACUGGGCUGCACUUGCAUCCGUACUGAAUUCAACCCACGAGCUCAUUCACGUGCUGAACCGUGCUCAGAUCAUUGAUGACGCUUUCAACUUGGCUAGAAACGGCCGCGUGAACUACAACUAUGCCCUCGAAAUCUCCCGCUACCUGGUGAGGGAAGAGGACUACAUCCCCUGGGCUGCCGCCAAUGCAGCAUUCGCCUACCUUGACGUCGUACUCACUGGGUCGGAGGUCUACCAUCUAUUCCAGCGCUACGUUCUAGAGCUGACAGCUCCUUUGUACUCUAGCCUGGGCUUCAACAACACCGCCAACGAUGAGUUUGUGACGGCCUACCACAGAACUAUCGUGCUGAAUUUCAACUGCCGCUUUGGCAACGAACACUGCGUGGAGACUGCGCAAGAGAUGCUGGAAUCAUUCAGGACUACUCAGGUGCGUCUUGCCGCCGACAUCCAGACCACGGUCUACUGCUCCGGUCUUCGCGGUGGUGACGCCGACAACUUCGACUUCUUGUGGGACGAGUACCUUAAAUCCACCGACUCUAGUGAGCAGUCCAUUCUGCUGAACGCCCUCGGAUGCACUUCCAACGCUGAUCGCCGGCAGUUCUACAUGAACCAAGUGAUCAACGAGACGUCCCAAGUGAGAGAGCAGGACAGACACACUAUUCUCGUGUCCACCAUCAACGCUAGUCCUGAGAACAUGGAGGAAGCUCUUGACUUCGUUGUCGAGAACUUCCACCUCAUCCAGCCAAGAGUACAAGGUCUUAGUGGAACUACAAAUAUUCUGAAUGCUCUCUCCAGAAGGCUCACAACGCAAGCUCAUUCUGACAAGGUUGACCAGCUGUUCAACCGACACCAGUUCAUCUUCACCGCCGGAGAACUGGCCUCCAUUGGAGCCAUCAGGGAGAACAUCGCAGCUUCUCUCACUUGGAGUGCGGAAUACUUGGACACUGUGGAAUCCUGGCUUGUUGAGAACUAUACUGACAGUGCCAGUAUCAUUACCAGCAGCUUCGUUAUUUUCAUCUCUAUUUUUAUUUCUAUUUUCAACCACUAAGAGAUAAUAGAUGACCCACGCUGAACUGUCCCACCAAACUCAAUGACAGGGGGGCGCUACCAUCGUUCAACUAUAUGGUUUCCAACAUGGCAAAAAUCAGAACCAGCGAUCCGGUAUUGACGGUGGCGCCCCACUGUCAAUGUCAUGGAUAGGACAGUUCAGUAUUUUGGAACUACUUAUAAUA